GUGGCGGAUCCGGUUCUCCCGGCUGCGUGGAGGGAGGCGCGGAGCCGGGAGCUGCGGGGCGGCGGCGGCAUGGUGGGUGCGGAGAAGGAGCAGAGCUGGAUCCCCAAGAUCUUCAAGAAGAAGACUUGCACCACGUUCAUCGCCGAGCCCACAGAUGCGGGAGGGACCCUGUGCCAAUGUGGGCGAGACCGGAGUGCCCACCCAGCGGUGGCCAUGGAGGACGCCUUCGGGGCGGCCGUGGUGACCUCGUGGGACAGCAGUGUGCACACGACCGAGAAGCCCACGGACGCCUACGGGGACCUGGACUUCACGGGUGCAGGACGGAGGCCAAGCAAUUUCCUCCGGCUCUCUGACCGCACGGAUCCAGCUACAGUUUAUAACCUGGUCACACGCACAUGGGGUCUCCGGGCCCCCAACCUGGUGGUGUCUGUGCUGGGGGGCUCAGGGGCCCCAGCCCUGCACACCUGGCUGCAAGACCUGCUGCGUCGUGGGCUGGUGCGGGCAGCCCAGAGCACAGGGGCCUGGAUCGUCACAGGCGGCCUGCACACAGGCAUUGGCCGACACGUAGGCGUGGCAGUGCGGGACCACCAGAUGGCCAGCACGGGGGGCACCAAGGUGGUGGCCAUGGGCGUGGCUCCCUGGGGUGUGGUCCGGAACAGAGACACCCUCACCAACCCCAAGGGCUCCUUCCCUGCAAGGUACCGGUGGCACGGGGACCCCGAGGACGGGCUGGAGUUUCACCUGGACUACAACUACUCGGCCUUCCUCCUGGUGGACGACGGCACCCACGGGCGCUGGGGUGGCGAGAACGGCUUCCGCCUGCGCUUUGAGUCCUACGUGGCCCUGCAGAAGACGGGCCUGGCCGGGACAGGAAUUGACAUCCCAGUCCUGCUCCUCCUGAUUGAUGGUGAUGAGAAGAUGCUGAAGCGGAUAGAGGAUGCCACUCAGGAGAGGCUCCCCUGCCUCCUAGUGGCGGGCUCCGGGGGUGCUGCUGACUGUCUGGCUGAGAUUCUGGAAGACAUUGUGGCACCAGGCAGUGAGGGAGGCCGGCGUGGCGGAGCCCAGGAGAGCGUCAGGCGGUAUUUCCCCAACGGGGACCCCAAGGCUCUCCAGGCCCAGGUGGAGAGGAUCAUGACCCGGAAGCAGCUCCUGACCAUCUACUCAACUGAGGACGGCCCUGAGGAAUUUGAGACCGUUGUUUUAAGGGCCCUCGUGAAGGCCUGUGGCAGCUCCGAGGCCUCAGCCUACCUGGAUGAGCUGCGUCUGGCCGUGGCCUGGAACCGUGUGGACAUUGCCCAGAGUGAACUCUUCCGGGGAGACAUCCAGUGGCGGUCCUGCCACCUGGAGGCCUCCCUCAUGGACGCCCUCCUGAAUGACCGGCCGGAGUUCGUGCGCCUGCUCAUCUCCCACGGGCUCAGCCUGGACCACUUCCUGACCCCCAAGCGCCUGGCCCAGCUCUACAGCGCAGCGCCGCCCAACUCCACCAUCCGCGGCCUUCUGGACCAGGUGUCCCACGGUGCGGGCACCAAAGCCCAAGUCCUGAAGCCCAGCGGGCAGCCCCGGCCCCCCAACGUGGGGCAGCUGCUGCGGAUGCUGCUGGGGGAGACUUGUGCACCGAAAUACCGCACCGAGGGCGCCGGGGACCAUCAGGACCAUUCCUGCAAGGAGAGAAGCUGCCUGCUCUGGGACAAGGCCCCCCUGGAGGUCACGCUGGACGCGGUGCUGGGCCAGGCGCCCUGGAGUGACCUGCUCCUGUGGGCCGUGCUUCUAAACAGGGCUCAGAUGGCCUUGUACUUCUGGGAGAUGGGCUCCAAUGCCGUGGCUUCGGCGCUGGGGGCCUGCCUGCUGCUGCGGGUGCUCGCCCGCCUGGAGUCGGAAGCGGAGGAGGCUGCUCGCAGGAAGGACCUGGCCACCAAGUUUGAAGGCCUGGGCGCCGACCUCUUCGGCGAGUGCUACCGCAGCAGCGAGGACCGCGCCAACCGCCUGCUCCUGCGCCGCUGCCCGCUCUGGGGCGAUGCCACCUGCCUCCAGCUCGCUAUGCAGGCCGAUGCCCGCGCCUUCUUUGCCCAGGACGGGGUGCAGUCUCUGCUGACCCAGAAGUGGUGGGGGGAGAUGGACAGCACCACGCCCAUCUGGGCCCUGCUUCUCACCUUCUUCUGCCCCCCACUCAUCUACACUGACCUCAUCACCUUCAGGAAGCCUGAGGAAGAAUCUACCCAGAAGGACCUGGAGUUUGACUUGGACGAGGUCAUCAAUGGCGAGGGGCCUGUCCGAAAUAUCUGCGAGUUACAGCCCCAGGGUGCAGCAGGCCCAAAGGACCGUGUGGAGGCCAGGGAGAUACUUUAUUUAACGCUGGCAGAAUCUAGUGGACUCCUGCCACGCUCGGCUGUCCGCAUGAUCUGGAAAGCCGCGCCAGCAGAGCCCCCCUGGGAGAAGGCACCCCGGGGGACGCAGACCCACCCCAGACGCAGGGGCUGCUGCGGGGGCUGCCCCCCUCGCCUGCGCCGCUGGCCCCAGUUCUGGGGGGCCCCGGUGACCGCCUUCCUGGGCAACGUGGUCAGCUACCUGCUGUUCCUGCUGCUGUUUGCUCACGUGCUGCUGCUGGACGACAAGCCCGAGUCCCCCGGGGCCCCGGAGCUGCUGCUCUACUUCUGGGCCCUCACGCUGCUCUGUGAGGAGUUCCGCCAGGGCCUGGGCGGAGGCUGGGGCAACCUGUCCGCGAGGGGCCCCGGGGGGCCGGGCCCCGUCCCCCUGCGCCACCGCCUGCACCUCUACCUCUCUGACACCUGGAACCAGUGCGACCUGGUGGCCCUCACCUGCUUCAUCCUGGGCGUGGCCUGCCGGCUGAGCCCGGGCUUGUAUGACCUGGGCCAGGCUGUCCUCUGCCUCGACUUCAUGGUCUUCACGCUGCGGCUGCUGCACAUCUUCACCGUCAACAAACAGCUGGGCCCCAAGAUCGUCAUCGUGAACAAGAUGAUGAAGGAUGUCUUCUUCUUCCUCUUCUUCCUGGGUGUGUGGCUGGUGGCCUACGGGGUGGCCACAGAGGGGCUGCUGAGGCCCCGAGAACGGGACCUCACGAGUAUCCUGCGCCGGGUCUUCUACCGACCCUACCUGCAGAUCUUCGGGCAGAUCCCCCAGGAUGAGAUGGAUGUGACCUUAAUGAAGUUCAGAAACGGCUCGUGGGACCACGGCUCCUGGGCAUGCCCCAGCGAGACAGAGGAGAGUGCCUGUGUCUCCCUCUACGCCAACUGGCUGGUGGUGCUGCUGCUCAUCAUCUUCCUGCUGGUGGCCAACAUCCUGCUGCUCAACCUGCUCAUCGCCAUGUUCAGCUACACCUUCAGCAAGGUGCAGGGCAACAGCGACCUCUACUGGAAGGCGCAGCGCUACAGCCUCAUCCGGGAAUUCCACUCCCGGCCCGCGCUGGCCCCGCCCUUGAUCGUUAUCUCCCACGUGCGCCUCCUCCUCCGCCAUUGGCACCGACGUCGCACCAGCAUGCCCUCCUCCCCAGUCAUCCAGCAUUUCCGCGUCUACCUCUCCAAGGAAGGGGAGCGGAGGCUGCUGACCUGGGAGUCGGUGCAGAAGGAGAAUUUCCUGUUGGCGCGGGCCCGGGACAAGCGGGAGAGUGACUCUGAGCGCCUGAAGCGCACCUCGCAGAAGGUGGACACAGCGCUGAGACAUCUGAAGCAGAUCCGGGAUUACGAGCAGCGACUGAAGGGGCUAGAGCAGGAGGUCCAGCACUGCAGCCGUGUCCUGGGCUGGGUGGCCGAGGCCCUGAGCCGCUCUCCGAUGCUGCCCCCUGGGGGGCUGCCACCCCCAGCCCCUCCUCGGCCCAGAGAUUGAGCCUUGCUGCUAGGACUCAAGGAACAACCACUGUCGGUGGGAUACCCGGGUCCCAGAGUGAGACCCGCAGCCCCCGACUCCUGGUGACCCCCGUGCCUGCGGGUUGCCAGGCAUCUGGGCCACUGUUGGGACCACGGGAGCCGGCCGCCCCAGACUUUGGGGGCGCAGGUGGGGCCCCUCUGAAGGCUCCUGGGGGCCGAGAGCCUCACACCACAAUAGUCCAGCUCCCCACACUGGGGAAAUAAAGCCAUUUGAGAGGA